AUGAGUGAAAAAAGAAAAAGACAAGAAGCUGAGGAAGAAGCUAAAGUGAAGAGACCCAUCAAACCUAUACCAGCCUCCAAACUGCAAGCCUUUACAAUAGGUGUUCAGAAGAAGACGGCUUUCCAGCGACACAAGGAAGAAGCCGACUUGAAGAAACAGCAAGACGACUUGGAAGCUGCCAAAGUAUAUGCAGAAUUUGUAGCGUCAUUUGAAGAGCCCAAGCCGUAUCAAUUGGGCACCACAUCCUUUGUCAAAUCCGGCACUUUGCUUCCAAGAGAUCCAUCUUCAGAUAGCUACCAAGCUCCUACACUGCCAUCCAAAUCAGCUUUCAAACCAAUGCCUUUUGUAAGAGCAGGAGAAAGUUUACCGCCAAAACCAGUAAUGAAAGCAUACACACCGUCUGCCAAAACAACAGCGUACAACACAACACAAGACUCGGAUGAAGAAGACGACGCAUUGGCAAGGAUGAAAACAAAGGCACAAAAGAAACGUAACUUGGAUUCAUUCUUAGAAGAGAUCAAAAAAGGACAAGAGGUCCGUAACAAGGUGGAUGCAAAGAUCACUUCUCAAGAUCACGGUGGCUCGUUUGAUGACGGCAACCCCAAUUCCACCAAUUUGUACGUAGGCAACAUCAAUCCCACAGUGACAGAAGCAGGCCUGUGUCAGGAGUUUGGCAAAUAUGGGCCCAUUGCAUCAGUUAAGAUUAUGUGGCCUCGCACUCAGGAAGAAAAAGACAAGGGAAACAACUGUGGAUUUGUGAGUUUCAUGACACGGCAAGAUGCUGCUAAUGCCAUCCGAUCUUUGGACGGCAAAGACUUGAAUGGAUAUGCUCUGCGCGUGGGAUGGGGCAAAGCUGUGCCUAUCCCUGCACAGCCUUGUUUUGUGCUGGAUAAGAAGGCGCCUGUCACCAAAUCCGGAUUACCAUUCAAUGCACAAGUGAGUGCGGGUGCACCUGGUGUGAACUCGAGACCAAGAGCCGAGAUUCAUGUGGUGAAGCCUACCGAUAUCAACCUCAUGCGAACUAUUCAUCGAAUAAUUGAACGCGUGCUUGUUCAUGGUCCCUUGUUUGAAGCAAUGAUCAUGGACAGAGAGCAAGGAAACCCCAGGUUCAAGUUUUUGUUUGACAAUACAUCACCAGAGCAUAUAUAUUAUAGAUGGAAACUGUUUUCUUUGGCUCAGGGCGAUACAAAGUCAAAAUGGAUGGACGAGCCAUUUCAAAUGUUCCGAGGAGGGCCAUGGUGGAUUCCACCCGAGUUACCCGUCCUAGAUGAACAUGCAGAAGAUCCUGUUUUUGAUACAGAUGAUGAGGUGACGGAGCAAGACAACGUGACAAAGGGAACACUGGGACAAAUUGCCAAGCAACGACUUGCUGUCUUACUCAAAGAAGUGACAUUUCAACGAGGCACAAUCGCGAGGGCCAUGGCCUUUGCUAUCGACCAUUCAGAAGCUGCUACAGAGAUUGUCGACCUUUUGUGCAAAUCGAUUACUGUAGCUGACUCUCCACUCUCUGUCAAACUAGCCAGGUUAUACCUUGUAUCAGACAUUUUGCACAACAGUAGCGUACAUGUAUCCAAUGCUUGGAAGUUUAGAAAAGAGUUCGAGGAUCAGUUACCAGUAGUAUUUGACCAUUUCAAUGGCAUUUAUCGAUCAAUUAAUGCAAGACUCAAGGCAGAACAAGUCAGAAAACACAUUUCUGCAGUCAUUGGCGUGUGGGAGCACUGGAUGAUCUUCCCGAAAUACUACACGGAUCAACUGACAGAUAUAUUUUUGAAAAAGGAAAACGGAGAAGCACAAUCCAUAGCAAGCUCUUCUUCUCCUGCUAGUGAUGCAGCUACUAUGGAGGAUCUAGACGGUGAAGCUUAUGAAGACGAUGCGGACGGUGAGCCAAUGAAUGAAGAUGAUGAUAUCGACGGUGAACCCAUAGACGAUGUCGAUGGUGAACCUAUGGAGGAGGAUGUGGAUGGUGAACCACUAGAAGAUGACUUACAUGAUCAGCACUUUGAACAUAGUAUACUUGACAAGCAGGAAACGGAAGCUCUGUAUACUGAAGUGGAAGAUAUGUUUUCCUAA